CUUAGCCGUGAUUUUCAGUAACCACGUCAUACAAUUUCAAUUAUCAAACACAAAACGCUUCGAAGAUUACAGGGUAUUAGAAUUGAAAAAAUCUCUAUUGGGUCCCACUUCGAUACAAAUCAAAUUGUAAGCAAUAUUUUUUCACAAAUAUAUUCAGAAAGCCAUCAAAUGGAGCAAAACGUAAACUGUAAUGAACUGAAGCCUCAAACCUCACAAACUAGUUUGACACUUUCAGAACUGGAUGACAGCGAAUGGUUGUCAAGUUUUACUCCUCAUGCACAAUCUACAGGCAAAGAUCACCUGUCAACCGGCGUAAUUGAUAGUAAGAUGGAAUGUGAUCUACCUAGACUAAGUGCAGCAUCUGAUAAAUCAAUCAAGAAUGACAAUAUGGAGGCAGCAAAGCUCACUAGUGAGUUAGUCACCAUGCGUACUAAUGGAAAAGAGUAUGUUCUUCCAUUCAAGAUUCGUCCAGAAUGCGGUGAAAAUCAACCUUCAACUUAUGAUCCAGUCAAACAUUUGGACAGGUAUCCAACAGAAGGUCUUGACUGUAAUGAUUUGCCACAUCAGAAACAGAUUGAGACUGUGCUCCAGAAGAAAGAUCUUUGUGGUGAUUUUUCCAUAGCUCCAUCAAACAAAAAGAAAUGUCAUUUUGAAACACCAUCAUGUAAACAGGAUGCUACACGUGAACAUGAAUCAAACAAAAUAUGCUGGUGUUCAAUGAAUUCAGCCAAGGAACUUAAGGUCGACCGAAAGCCUUUUCAAUGUCCAAUUUCAUCCUGUGGCGAUUUUGUGAGUUCUGCUUUCUAUUCGUGCCAUUUGAAAAUUGAACAUUGCGGGUUGAUUCUGGAGGGACUAAAUCCUGGAAAAGUUCGAACAAUUUUGAUCAAUCCAGAACUGAAUAUUCACGGGAAAAAUCACUGCAAUAUUGUCUACUACCUGACCGACAAGCUACGGGAUUUUGGCCAAAGUGAGUUCCAAAACGUCGUACCCGUUCUUCUGAUGUCUUCAAAAUUCCAGUUUAUUGAUUUGGAACGAGAAAUUCAAUCUGAUCAACGCCUGAAUCAGGCUGCUCAAUCAUCAAGAUAUCACUACAUAUUCUGGUUCACAGGAAUUGUGUCAGAGAAACUGAAGAUACAAUAUUCUCUUAAGAUUAAUUCCUGGCAAAGACACCAAGGGCCCAUCUAUCCACUUUCACAACGCCAAGAUCUGAAAAGUGUGUUUCAAUCGGGCUCAGCGAUGAUUUUGUCGCAGAUGUGGGUCGAUAAACUCAUUUCGAGGAAAGAUAGAUUAAUGGAAAUUAAACUGACGUUAUCGUAAGGUAGUGUA